UGUAAAUUUCAGACCGUUUUCACCCUAAGUACCCAAAAUGGCCUCCACUGACAACCCAUCUCCAGUCAGAGUUGAUCUGAUAAGUUUGUGCAUUCCAACUUGAAAUACCCAGUUCGGACCGGUACAGCCCGGCCCAAGAAUUAGUACCCAGUUCAUACAAUUUCCUUUUGGGUGGAUUUCAUUCAACAACUUUUGAAUAAUUUAUUUCUUUCAUUCAAUAUUCGUCAGAUAUUCAGACAUUAACCUUGAAUAUUUAACCACUGACCAUUUUCAGUCUGUUCCCCAACAUGUACACAGUUAAGGAGCCAAUAGUUUCUGAAAACUACUGCAUCAUAACAUAGAGCAUCAUCAAGUAGACUACUGUUUGUAAUUGAAAGAGAGAAUCAAACUCUCUGACUCCCCUCCUUUCCAGGCAAGUUCCAAUUUUGUAAAAGAAAAUUGCAAGAACCAAACGGAGGCAAGGCAAGACCAACCAGAGUAGACUCUUGAAUCUGUCAGACAAAGCAGCCAUCUUGCAGCCGUCCUCUAGUCUUCCUUCCAUACAAAUGUUCUAACUGGGAAACAUCUCGUCACUUGCAUAGUUAUUUCAGAUUGAUUCUGUUGAAGCCAUACGCUACAAAACAACAUACAUCAACAAGGUUUCCUAUAUAACCUUCCUACAUGGAUUUUUCCUCUCACCAAAACCACCAAGAAAGUGAAGAAGCAACAAACAAGAGUUCAGUUCAAGAAGCCAACUAGGCAACAAUGGAGAAGUCACCGGCCAUGCACUUCCUCCUGGAACUGGAGUCCCAAGAACCGGUUUGCCUCCUCAUCCUCUUCACCAUGUUUACCUGGUUCAUCUCGAAGGUUCAGAUGAUCCUCCCUAGUUCUUGCCAACACUGCAAUUAUGCCGUCACCAAGGUGACCUCGACACCGGUUCUCGCCGACAGAAAGAUAUCAAAGAAUCUAAGUAAGCAUAAAGAUGAUGGGAUAGAGAUGACACAUGAAGAUGUUGAGUCUGUGAUGACAAAGAUGGGGCCUGAUUUUGAUCACGGAAAAACUAUGGUUUACAAGGAGAUUGGUUCUAACUGCAUGUCAGAGUUGUUCGAUGACGAUGAACCGAGCUUGGACGAAGUAAAGCAGGCAUUUUUGGUGUUUGAUGAGGAUAAUGAUGGGUACAUUGAUGCAUUGGAUUUGUAUAGAGUCCUUAGGAAUCUAGGAUUAAGAGAAGGUGUAGGGGUUGAUGAGUGUGAGCAAAUGAUUGCCAAAUAUGACAUGAACAGAGAUAGGAGGAUAGAUAUGGUAGAGUUCAUUAGGGUUCUGGAGGCCAGUUUUUUCUGAAUUACUUCUUGUGUUUAUUUCAAGAACUCACAGGAGAGUUAUGCCAUUA